AUGGCCGCGGCUGCGGCGGGUGGAGUCCCGGGCCCUGCCCCCAGCCCCACCAGGCCCCCGCCGCCCGCCGUCGCCUCAGCAGCCCGGGCCCCGCAGCAGGCCUUGCGGAGGCGCGGGGACUCGCGACGCCGCCAGGCUGCGCUCUUCUUCCUCAACAACAUCUCCCUGGACGGGCGGCCCUCGAGCCUGGGCCCGGGCGGAGAGAAGCCCCCGCCGCCGCCCGCCGAGACCCGCGAGCUGCCCGCGCCGCCGCCGCCCGAACCACCCGCCAGGACCCCCGCGCCCCAGGGCCUGCUCAGCCCCACGCAGGUGCCUGCUGGGCUCGUCCUAGACGGGCAGCGCCAGAGGAGACGAGUCACCUCCCAGCGCUGCUCCCUUGAGUUUCUAGAAGAUGCAGUGGGAUGCAGCUCAGUACAGAGAACCAAGCACACCUCUGGAUCACCAAGACACAAAGGCCUGAAGAAGACGCACUUCAUCAAGAACAUGCGGCAGUACGACACUAGGAACAGCAGAAUUGUGCUUAUCUGUGCCAAGCGGUCCCUAUGUGCAGCCUUCUCAGUCCUGCCCUAUGGAGAGGGCCUGCGGGUCAGUGACCUGCGGGUAGACAUCCAAAAGCAGAGGCAUCCAUCCGGUGGCACUUCUGUUUCUCCUGAGAUGGUCUUUGAGUUGGAAGGUGUCGAGCUGGGAGCAGACGGCAAGGUUGUGUCUUAUGCGAAGUUCCUGUACCCUACCAACGCCCUGGUGGCACACAAGAGUGACAGCCACGGCCCACUGCCCCCACCUCGGCCCAGCAUCCCCCGGGCUUUGCCAGGCUCAAGACACAAACCCGCCCCUGCCAAGUCAGCACCAGCCAGCACAGAGUUAGGGAGUGAUGUAGGGGAUGCUCCGGAGUAUAACCCCAACCUGCUGGAUGACCCUCAGUGGCCCUGCGGCAAGCACAAGCGGGUCCUCAUCUUCGCAUCCCACAUGACCACGGUGAUAGAAUACGUGAAGCCCUCAGACCUCAAGAAGGACAUGAACGAGACCUUCAGAGAGAAGUUCCCACACAUCAAACUGACACUGAGCAAAAUCCGGAGUCUGAAGCGGGAAAUGCGGAACCUCUCUGAGGAAUGCAGCCUGGAGCCUGUGACCGUGUCCAUGGCCUACGUGUACUUUGAGAAGCUCGUCCUGCAGGGCAAGCUCCACAAGCAGAACCGCAAGCUGUGUGCCGGGGCCUGUGUGCUGCUGGCCGCCAAGAUCAGCAGUGACCUACGCAGGAACGAAGUGAAGCAGCUCAUUGAUAAGUUAGAAGAAAGAUUUCGGUUCAACAGGCGAGAUCUAAUUGGGUUUGAGUUCACAGUGCUCGUGGCUUUGGAACUUGCUCUGUACCUUCCCGAGAACCAAGUGUUACCUCAUUACCGACGGCUCACCCAGCAGUCCUAGCCAGGGCCCAGAGCACGGCAGUGCCUGUCGACCAGGCACUGAAGCCCGGCGUGCGUGUCCUCCUGGCCUUUUCUGCACCGUACAUCUCUGGCUGGUGCAGCUCAUUUGCACUGUUUCCUCAGAAGGGUCACUGCUCUCAUUCCAAAGUGCACACUUCUCUGAGGGUAUUUCUGAGAAUAUUCCUGGAUUUUUACAUGAACUAAAUGUGGAGCUGUUAUUCUUUUUUUUCGAUGUGCCCGAGACUAGCCUGGCACCAGACUGGCCUUUGGUUUACGUCGCCUAGUGUUAAGUCCUGACUUUGCGGUGCUCUGCCUCUGCCUUGCCUUUGCUAACUUUGUCGCUACUGCACUGUCGUCAGGGUGGAGGUGUGGGUUUCCAAACCUCACUCAACACGUCAAAGUGCUGUUUUAACUGAUUUAAGCAUUCAUCUUGGGUGUUUUGGUUGUUUGGAUGUGGAGACACAGCACUGAGGCUUCCCCAAUGGUGCCCCUAGUGUCGACUACACCACUGGCCCCCUAGCACCCCAGGCAGAGCUACUCCAGAGCUUUUUCUGUCAGAUUAAGCAACAAGAGAAGGCUUCUGACUUGCUCCAAUCUCAUUUUUGGGACUCUUGGACCUCUGCUCAAGCAUCGUUGUCACUGUGAAAUCCUGACCCCAUGUGUAACAUCUAGCAGAUGCUCACCCGUGCCAGGAUCCUCCCUCUGCCUCUCACCAGGAAAACCCAUUAUCCCUGACACUCUGGGCCUUCAGGACAACUGCUGAUUGCUGGCACCUGACUCCUGAUUUUCCUAAGCAAUAGUCCGGCAGAGAAAAAUAAUAUAUACUAUAAUUUGG